AUGGCUCCGGGAACGGGAAAUCAGGCCGUCAUGUGGCGUUUCCUGUUGAUUCUCCUCGCGUUUGCUCAGCUGCUGAGCGCCGGCGGCAACGCCGACAACUAUCUCCAGAUGACGCAGCACACUACGCCCCAGGGAGAGGAUAGCAUGGUGUACUCGACUCACAUCGUCUUCCCCAAGGGCGUCGAGAUCAGCGACAGGGAGCUGCAGCUCAUGGCCUACGACGCACGCGUGGCCAUGACGAAUCAUAGGGCCGACGUCAUACGCGACGAGCGGGAGAGGAAAGGACAGCCAGCUCUGAAAGAAAAGGAGCUCGACCUGGAGGCAAGGAAUUCGAUUCCCGGGGCGACCAUCGCGUUAAAGGUGAGGAACGUGGUCGUCGACGCCCAGGGCCAGACGGUAUGCGACGAGUCGGGCAAGGCCGUGGGCGAGUACGAAGUCUUCAUCGCCACCUCGCGCAAGGGUGCCGACGACCCCCUCAAGGGUUCUCCGGUCAUGGCGCGACUUGCCGCCGUCGAGGACGAAUGGCGGACCACGCCGCUCAGCAAGAACAUCCUGAACAACUACGACCUGGGACCGGACUCGGAGGCCGACAUUGUCAAAACUCGGACCUAUGACGGCAAGGUCAUGGAGUACAUGAACGCCUUGUUCGUCGCCACGAACCUCGAUUCGGGCGAUGAAGCUGCCGUGAAUACGAUCAAGAAAGCCCUGAUGACGGCGCCUACGGAGGAGCAAACGUCGGUGGAUGACAAGACGAAGGAGGCUCUCAAGCAGCUCCUCCCCUCCCGGGACUACGAUGGAGUGGUCGAAGACGAAGAGAGGCUCAAGACGACGGUGCGGAGGCUCAGCUUGGACAACGACGCCAAAGAUGCGCUCAUAAGUAUCGGCAAAAAGCUGGAAGACGACAGCGCCAAGGAGGCGCUGCGGCAGGGGUUCAUGCAUCGGAUCGAGCAAAAGGUCAAGCACUUCCUCCGCGACGAGCGGGACAUGGUGACGCGCAUCACGGACAAGGACCAGCAGGACAAGAUGGUCUUUCUGAGGUCCUGGACCACCGUCAGCGUGCAUCGCCACAGGCGCGGCGGGCUCUGCGGCGAGUUCACGGUGAUGGAGCAAUACUACAGGAGCAAGGCCAACCGGGUGCAGCUGCAAGAUACCGAGCACUCGAUGCUCGCCGUCAACGCGCGGGACUCCAAGAUCAUGCCCCCCUGCGGAGGCAAGAGAGACUGGGGUUGCAACGUGGGCGUGGCUGGGCUCAAGGCCUUGUCCGAUACCAGUUCGUUUGCUCGGCCGCCACCUACCAACAAAGGCGAAAAGACGCAGGCAGUCAAGGCAGCGAUUCCGGAGGCGGAACAAAAAGUCCUUCGUGAAACCCUGCUCAAGCACGUGAAGGGGGCCAAGAUUAACCAGAUACCGCUCCGUGGCAAUUCAGAGAGAACGCCUAUGAAGCCGAAACCAGCCACUUGGGCGUCGAGCCUGAAGAACACCAUGAGACAGGCGAAGAUGAGUUUGCUUGAAACCAUACUCAAUCUCCACAAGGCCCCGAAGAAGGUGAAGGCGGCAGAGGAGGAGGAAGAGGCCGAGAGUGAACAGCCAGACGGUCGACUCAUCUGGGAAGAAUAA